AAACCUAGAAACGCUACAGCAACAACGACGACGACGACGACGACGACGACAACGACGACAACGACGACAACGACGACAUCGACGACAACGACGACAACGACGACAACGACAACGACAGCGACGACGACGACGACGACGACGACCACAACAAUAACAAUAACAACGACAACGACGACAACGACGAUAACGAUACCGAUCACGGCGUAUUAGUUUAGCAGUGAAUUGGAUAGAAAAUAGAACGAGCAGUGAGAUGCCGUGGGUUAUCGAUGGAACGUAAACGCGACUAGUGAUGAAAGUGCGAAAGGAAGAUUUAAAAUCGAAAAGUGAGUGAAAUAGUAAGCAAGGGGCGUUGAUUGAGCACUGGACAGCGGGUGGUGCAUCCUGGCUGGUGCAGUGUUUACCAGAACGCCAGGGUGAGGUACCUCUAACUAGGCUGACUCGUUUUUCCCGAUUUCGGUGACACUAUACCGUCUACUUGUACUCUCUACUCUCUACCGACUACCGUCUACCGAUUAUAGUGUUUGUUACGACGCGACGUAUUGCUCAUCGAUUCUACACGAUUAUCGCAUCGUGUAACAUCAGAAAUGUCUAAAGUUGUUGGAUUCUCGUCAAGUUUCGAUAUCAGUGGCGAAAUGCCAGAUCCGGUUGUGGUGUAAAACAAGAGAAGAGAAGAGAAGAGAAGAGAAGAGAAGAGAAGAGAAGAGAAGAAAAGAGAAGAGAAGAGAAGAGAAGAGAAGAAAAGAGUAGAGAAGAGAAGAGAAGAGAAGAGAAGAGAAAAAAAAAGAAGAGAAGAGAAGAGAAGAGAAAAGAAAAGUUUUUCCUUUGGUGGGAAUUUUCCAUUCUUGAUCAUGUCAUCAACUAGCUGAUGAUUUUUCGAACAUUUGCAACGAUGUGACAAUAAAGAUAUCUUCUCCUAUAUCCUCUCUUAUAUCACAGGGUGUCGUCCCUGUAAUACGUACAGUGCUUCCCAGAAUAGAACUACGAAACAGAUUAAAAAAAACAAUAAUCGCCGGUCUAAUCGGUGUUUAAUAAAACGGUGCCAAAAGUCUGUAGACAAGCCAAUCGAUGCGAAUCUCGCAUCGUCUCGAUAUUUGAAAAGAAUCGAUAAUAUCGGCAGUUGAGUAUCGAUAAUGGAAAAGAAGUAAAAGAAGAAAGAAAUAAGCUGAGAGAGAGAGAGAGAGAGAGAGAGAGAGAGAGAGAGAGAGAGAGAGGGGUGAGAGAGAGAGGUAAAAGUUGAAUAAAGGGUGGAGAACGUGGCCUGGAAAAUAGCGUUUAGCAAAGUGUAGUAUUAAAUGAGACUUGAUUGGCAAGAGGAGGUGUGAAGAAUCGCAGGUGGGAUAAGAGAAUAACGAGCAUAGAAUGGGCAAUAAGCUGUCUUGCAGUUGUGCCCCCCUUAUCAGAAAGGCGUAUCGUUACGAAGAUUCCCCAUGGCAGACAGGGGCUGGAAGCGGAAUGGGCGGCAGCGGAGGUCGCAGGGGUGAUACUGGCCACUUGCUCAGGUGCGGAAGCUUAAGAGAAAGGAAGAGGUUGUGGGCCGAAGUGUUCCACGUGAGUGCCAGUGGGGCUGGGACUGUAAAAUGGCAACAGGUAUCGGAAGAUUUAGUUCCUGUUAAUAUAACUUGUAUCCAAGAUUCACCGGAAUGCGUGUUUCACAUUACCGCGUACAACAGCCAGGUCGACAAAAUUCUAGACGUACGAUUAGUUCAACCAGGAACACGUAUCGGACAAGCGUCGGAAUGUUUCGUUUACUGGAAAGAUACAAUGACUAACGACACAUGGGGUCUAAAUUUCACUUCUCCCAUAGAUGCUAAACAGUUCAGAGAAUGUUGCUCACCGUCGUUCAAGAUUUCAAGGAAAGCGUCCUCUUCUUACUCGUUGAAGCUCGAACCACCGAACAAGCAGAAGUUCAAAACGCGAAGAAAGCCUCUAUCAACACCAGCAUCGCCGAGCAGAUCCAGAGAGCCUCAAUGUACUUGUAUGACCCCGGAGCAAUUUGCCAGACUUCGAAGUCAAGAAGCUAGAUACCGUGAUUUCUGCGCCACUUCUACGCUUCCGCGAACCAUGGCACGAUCCACGGAAAUGGAUAUGACGCCGGGACGCGAGAAAAUAACAGCGGCAACCUCUAGCGCGUCUCUUUACGAUAACGUCAACAAUGCGAGCGCUACACCAGGAAAGACUCCGAAAGUCAGCGGUGAAUCAACAACCAAGCCGAAAGAGAAACAAAACGAAACGUGUCAAACUACACCGAAAACGGCAAAUGUCGGCAUUGAAACUGUCACCGUUGGCUCACAGAUCGAUAGCCCGGAGGAGAAAGGCACUACCAUCUCACCGAAAAAACCUUCGAAACAGAGUCAAGAUACGUCUACUCAGCAAAAUGGCAGCGAAAUGUUGAAAUCGGAAGGAACUCAAGCCGGUGGUACCUUGCAAAAUAAAUCUCUCCGAAAAGAGCAAUUACAUCAUACAAAGUCUGCCGAUUACACAGAUUUAGAAAUGCAAAAUGGCAAUAUCUUUAAUAUAGUAAAUAACAAUCACGACGGAAGAAAAUCAAAGAGUAAGAGCACGGACGACAUGAGGAUCGAAAAUUCGCAAAAUGGUGGAAUCAGUUUGGAUUCGAAUACUCUGAAGAGAAUGCUGAAGCCCAUGUCGAGUAUCGACAGCCCCGUUACGUCACCAGAGAUGACCAGAAAGAGGCAUAAUCAUCACAGUUACCACUAUCAUCAUCCGAGCAAUAAUAACCAAAAGUAUGUCGUGCAAGAGGCUGCCAAUGAAAACUAUGCCCAUCCAUAUCGAAGUGUGUACAAUAACAAAUUCCAGGAUUCUCGAAGCAUGCACGACAUGGGACGCCAGUAUAUCGGCAACAGAGGCAGAACCUAUCUAGAUUCGGAACGUAAUCGGCGCGCAGGUGACAUGUCACCGCCGUCGGACAAUGUCAUCUUCGACAAUCAGUGUUACGCAACUACGCCGAGUUCAUCGAAUGGUAACUCGGAUAUGGAACAACCGUCGCACUGUAAUUCGCGACACUGUAACGCUGGCCAGACAUAUCAACAGCAAAACAUGCAAUCCGUUUCAACGCCUGGCAGUCCGACUAGUAGACUUCUCCUCGAGUACGAGUUACAUUUGAGGAACACGUUGGCCAAGGGUAUGGAUGCUGAGAGUUACAGUUUACGUACAUUCGAGGCACUCCUUUCUCAAAGUAUGGAAAAUUUAGAAUUCGCGGAAAAUAUACCACUUAACGUACAGCGCACACCUCACGUUUCACGAAGACGUCCAAUUUCCAAUAAAUCGUCAACGUUGCCACUGUCCUAUCGUUAUUGUAACGAGAGACAAAACAGUAAAGACAGAGACGGCUACUACAGCGAUCGCAACGAAAUUAUACGGGAAAAAAGAGAGAGAGAAGCUGACCGAGAUCGCGGCUAUCUUAGCGAUUACAAUUCGAGAUGUGCCAGCUGCAUCGGAGAAUCCGCCCGCGCCCAAUGGUUUCGACAUUCGGAUGGCUGGCAAUCGGGCAGUUCCACUCUAGGCUCUGGUGCCUCCAGUUCAAUAAAUCCAAGUUCUUCCGGUCAUAAACGCGAGUCUCCCUGGGAUUCUCUCCCAUCACUGAGACACGAGGGCAGUCUCAACGAUAGCGGAUACAAAUCCAAUCGAACAGAUUCUUUGGAACAAAGGGGCACUUUUGAUAGACAAGACAGCGUAAGAUCUGAUUACAUGUCGGACAGAGACGGUAGAUACGGAAUCGUGCAACAAGCUUCUUUGGAAAGCACAGAUUCGAGACUUUGCUACUUGACGUCUUCGGAGAUGUCAGACGACGACCGGAUGUCGCUAACUACUGCUGUGAGCGACGACGACGAUGGCGAAAGCGUGAUAAAUUCACCGUAUCGCGGAAAACAGCCAGGCACGGCUGCAGCUUCGUUUAAUUGUACGGGUGCGGUUCGAAAGGCUGGAUUUCUUAGCGUGAAGAAGUGGCUGUUACGAAAGAAACAUCAGAUCGAACUCGCGAGGAAAAGGGGAUGGAAGGGUUAUUGGGUUUGUUUGAAGGGAACUACGCUUCUUUUCUAUCCGUGUGAUUCGCAAGAAAGCAGAGCCAUGGAAGCGGCCCCGAAGCAUUUAAUUAUUGUCGACGGUGCGAUCAUGCAACCGAUUCCGGAACAUCCAAAACGAGACUAUAUAUUUUGUCUAAGCACCGCGUUUGGCGAUGCUUACUUAUUUCAAGCACCGUGUCAAGUGGAACUCGAGAAUUGGGUAAACAGCAUUCAUUCGGCUUGCGCGGCUGCAUUCGCGCGCCAUCGCGGCAAAACCGGUACUCUUCACUUGUUGCAGGAAGAGAUCCUUCGGUUAGAGAAGGCGAUAGAAUCGGAUCACAAAUUAAAACAUAUGGCUGAUCUACAGCAAUCUGUUGUUUCCGACGUGGAAACUAAACAACAAAUCAACAAUCAGAUCGUCCAAUGGGAAGAAAACUUGGAACGGCUUCACUGCGAGCAAUUUCGUCUCAGAUGUUACAUGGCUAGUUUACAAAGCGGCGAGUUACCGAACCCUAAAAGUUUGUUGACGCACGUAUCUCGUGCCACGAAGCAAACGUUAAAUAAAUUAGGAGUCUUUACGGUCUCGUCGUUUCACGCUUUUAUAUGCGCACGGAGUCCCUCUUUGCUAAACAACCUGCUGGCAGGUCGCGGAGCUACCAAGAGAAGACCACCGUUGCUCUCGAGGUCCAACAGCGGAUCCAGCAGACGAUCCCUUCAAAUUUCCUCGAGAGACGAUGAAAAGCCUGUAAAAGUAUGCGUACCGGAGAAUCAGCUGGUGUCUGUAUUUUUACGCGAUGCUAUGACAGUCGAAGAAUUUUUAGCAAGUGCUUGCAACAGGAAAAACCUAAAUCCAAUGGAACAUUUCGUUCGCGUGAAGAAGCGACGCGAUAUGGAAGAUCACAAUUAUUUCGUGCCACAUAGAACGGACUUGAUAGAAACUUAUUCGAAUACGCACGAGGUUGUCGAAGUUUGCGCAAAAAUUUUGUAUCAAGUAGAGUUACAAAGAAAUACUCUGGAACAAAUGUGGGGUUUCUCAGUGGAAGCGGAACUAAUAGAAAAUUCCGAUAGGCAGGACGAGUUGUGUUGUUACGUUAGCCGAGUCGAAGAUAAAAGUGUGGCAAUGCAAAAUGGAAUCAUUAAAGGCGACGAGAUCAUGGUUAUCAACGGUGCCAUUGUAAGCGACCUAGACAUGAUGUACCUGGAAAGUGUGUUGCAAGAAGAAGUCGGUCUCUGUAUGAUGAUGAGAUCGUCUCGAACCGAACCACCCGAUCUUACGGGUAUAAUGAGGGUUACCGAUGAUAUCAUCGAGAGUUUAGUUUGCCCACCGCCACCUUCCGAUCCUCCGGUUAUAAGCGAAGAAAUGAUUUCCGGUCUGAUUGUCCCAGCUCCUGGUUGGAGCAAGGAAAGCAUUACUCAGGAAUGUACGUCAGCCUCUCACAUAGAAAACGGAAAGCAAACAUCCCGCACAAAUUCAUUCGAAAUUGAAAAUUUGCUAAAAACCGCUGAACAAGUGACGGGAAUUUGCCGAUCGCCAGGUGAAACGAGAAAGUCGAGUCCUACCGGAAGUGUCGUUAGUUCUCAUUCGCAAGCGCUCACGCCAAGCCGGCAGCUGAGCGAUGCUGAGAAAUUAAAAAAAGUCAUUCUAGAAUUGAUCGAAACCGAACGGACUUACGUCAAGAAUUUAAACAAUUUGUUGGAGAACUACUUGGAGCCCCUUAAACGUGAGACUUUCCUGUCUAAUGCAGAGAUAAACGCGUUAUUUGGAAAUAUUCAAGAAAUCGUUACGUUUCAACGACAAUUUCUACAAAAUCUUGAUCACGCGAUCGAGAUGGAGGCUGAUUUCAAUAAUUUUGACCAUCCGAGUCAGUUUAAGGGUGUCCUGUUUUCCAUUGGAAGUGCCUUUCUGUAUUAUGUAAAUCACUUCAAGCUGUACAGUUCGUUUUGUGCCAGCCAUUCGAAAGCGCAAAAGGUUUUACAUCCAAACGAAGGAAAUCAAGCUUUACAAGAGUUCCUGCAAGCAAGAAAUCCAAGACAGCAACACUCGUCGACAUUAGAGUCGUACUUGAUAAAACCUAUUCAAAGAAUACUCAAGUACCCUUUGCUUCUGCAGCAGCUUCGAAACCUCACGGACGAACGAAGCGAAGAACACCAGCACUUGAUUGAGGCCUUGAAAGGCAUGGAAAAAGUCGCAGAACACAUAAACGAAAUGCAAAGAAUUCACGAGGAAUACGGGGCCAUCUUUGAUCAUUUGUUCAGACAACAUCAAAAGUCUUGCAAGCAGCCCAUCGAUUUGAGCCCAGGCGAUCUUCUGUACUACGGGGGUGUCGAGUGGCUUAAUAUCUCUGAUUUUCUUGGAAAGAUCAAGAAAGGUCUGGAACUUCACGCAAUGUGUUUUGUUUUCAAAUCUGCCGUCGUCUUUUUAUGCAAGGAAAGGUUAAGACAAAAGAAGAAACUCAUGGGAGUUUCGACAAAAGCAAAUUCCAGCGAGGUAGAAAUAAUUCGUUACCAAGUGUUGAUUCCCGUAACGGAAGUUCAAGUCCGGGCUAGUUCUGCCAAAGAUAUGGAAUCUCAUUUCUUAUGGGAAUUGAUUCAUUUAAGAAGUCAAUUACAGAGAAGAUCGGAGAAAGUAUAUGUGCUGUCUAAUAGCACAACAGAAUUUAGAAACGCGUUCCUGAGGACUAUUCGACAAAUAAUUCGAGAAUCGGUGCGAAAUAUGAGUAUACCGACGACGAAACAGAAUCUCAGUCAACCGCCGAUGACGAUUUCACCGCGAAUGUCAACCGGCCAUGUAGACAAAUUUGAGAAACAGCCGGUGAGUCAAGGACAAAAUAGCGGCAAUAAUGGAGCGGCGGGAGUCGUUGUUGGCUCGUUAUCAAAGAAGGUGGUUAAACCUCAACCGUUAUCUUCUUCGCAUAAUGUAAAACGAAAAUACAGUCACUCGAAACAAACGGUGGAGCACGAAAGUUCCGAAGACAAGGACGUGGAAGAACAAAGCACGGUGAAUCAACAGCAAACUAUGUUUCGCUCCAGAAGCAAGACCAUAAGCGAUACGUCCGGAGAGAUGAAGCUCGAGAUGGAUUCGGGGACGAAAUCCGAGGGAGAGGAAGACUCGCAAGCUUUUUUAGGUGAGAAGAAGGCGAAUUUGGGCCGCACUCCGAAUCAUUUGACUUUGAGCACCACUUCAACCAUUUCAGCAGGAAGUACGGGUAGUCAGGCAAGAUUAAUCCAGUCCUCUCAUCAACCGGAAAACUAUCAACCUAUUACUGUGAAAGAGCUCGGUUCACCGAUCUGGAAACCGCGGGAAUUAUCUUCGUUUGGAGAGGCCACUACGCUACCACGUAAGGGUAAGUCGGCCAGCGAGUUUGGGGAUAUAAGCUCAUCUCACAGCGCUUCCCGAAAGUCUCUGAUAGAAAUCAAUAACUGUGCUCAACAAUCUAAUUAUAAUAACAACAACGUUUAAGUUAAAUAGUUGUUAAAUGGCUAACAAAGUAUCAAGUUAAGUUUAAAGACCGUGAAGUAAAUCAAGUAACUAUUAUACGUACAUACAUACAUACAUACAUACAUACAUACAUAUAUUCGAUUAUCGUGGAAAGACUAACGCGCUUGCCGCCCACGCGGAACGGUUCGACACUCUUUUCGUUUACUUUUCUGCUGUUUCUCUUCUCCGUCUUUUUCAUUUUAUUAUCGACAAGCUACGUCGGAGGACGUAGUAGCAUUCCAUUUCUAUACAACGAACGAUUCAACUGUUUAACAGGAGAGAAUUUUCAAGAAGAGAGCGAGCUUCGCUUUUAACGGGAAAAUAUCUCGACGAAGAGAGAACAUUUCGAUCCUUACGACUGACAAUGAGAAUUAUUACAGAAGAUCUUUCAGAUUCUUCUGUCCUUCUUCUUUCAACUGAUUCGAAUAUUUUCGGUCAACUCGAAAAUAAUGGAUACGCGAUGCAAUUGCGUUGCAACAUCGCUACGAUCAUCCGUCACACUUGUACCAAUGCUCGAGAAAUUCGUUACUCGUACCGGUUGCGUAAAGAAACGUAACUGAGAUAAUACCUGAUAUUAUUUAACAUGCAGCGCAAGGGUGGGGAUAGGGUGGGGGGGGGGGGGGGUGAAAGUUCCACAUCUCCAGAUAACAAUAUGGAAAGCGUUGGAGGAUUCGCGUUAAAUUUUCAUUCCGAGAUUCUAUUUUUCACCUUCGCUAGUUGUUGCUGUUGUUGUUGUUGUUGUUGUUGUUAUCAUUGUUAAUGUACCCUCUGAUACAUGCCAUAGCCAUACAUACGAGAUUACCAUCGAGAUCAUUCAAAGUAACGGAGCCUUUUCUGCGAAUGAUCCAUUGAAUGAUUAAUUGGUUAGAAACAGCCGACUUUUCAUUCGAUUAGUAUCACUACGAUUCAAACAUUAUUCUCAAUUGUUUUUCUUUCUGCGUGGACGGCAAUGCGGUUAGAGAGUAAUAAACUCUGUAUAUAAUGUAAUAAUGAUAUCAAAAUUAUUAUUAUUAUUAUUAUUAUUAUUAUUAUUAUUAUUAUUAUUAUCGUCGUUGUCGUCGUUAUUAUCGUCAUCAUCAUCAUCAUCAUCAUCAUCAUCAUCAUCGUCGUCGUUGUCAUUGUUGUCAUAGUCGUACUCAUCUUUAUCUUAAACGUAAUCAUUGUCAUUAUCGUUAAUGCCGUCAGCAUCGUAUUUAUCCAAAAUAUUGUCAAUAUCGUCAGUAUUGUUAUUAGCAUCAUCAUCAUCAUCAUCAUCGUCAUCAUUAUUAUUUAUUAUCGUCGUUAUCAUAAUCAUCGUUAUUAAUGUCAUAAUUUAUAUAAUUAACAUUAUUGUCGAUCUUCUAUUAUUAUUAUUAUUAUUAUUAUUGUUAUUAUUAUUAUUAUUUACAUAUUUAUUACCGCUGUUUCAUUUCAUAUUAUUUCAAUUUGUACUGUGACUACUACAUAUUAUUUGAGCUAACUAAUGUUGCACAUACUAAUACCACCACCAUCAUCCCCCCCCCUCUCCUCCUGCUCCUACUACUACUACUACUACUACUACUACUACUACUACAACUACUACUACUACUACUACUACUACUACUACUACUACUACUACUACUACUACUACUACUAUUACUAUUACUACUACUACUACUACUACUAAUACUACUACUACUGCUACUACUACUACUACUACUACUACUACUACUACUACUACUACUACUACUACUACUACUAUUACUAUUACUACUACUACUACUACUACUAAUACUACUACUACUGCUACUACUACUACUACUACUACUACUACUACUACUACUAUUGCUGCUGCUACUACUACUACUACGACUAUUACUACUACUACUACUACUACUACUACUACUACUACUACUACUACUACUACUACUGCUACUACUAUUACUACUACUAUUACUAUUACUACUACAACUACUACUAUUAUUAUUACUAUUACUGUGAUUACUAUUACAGCAAUUGCUAUUCCUACUGCUACCACAAAUCAAUAUUACCGCUUACGUUACUAUUUCUAUCGGUAUCGUUAUUAUUAUUUCGAUCAUCAUCGUUAUGACGUCAUCAUAUUAUUUGUCAUCGUUUCCAUUAUCAUGAAAAACGUCUUCAUCGUUAGAAUUAUGACAUGGUAAUUAUUGUCAAGAGAUUAAUUGAAACGCUAUUGCGUAUACUAGAAUAUUCGUAACGAUAAACGACGACGUAACGAAUAAAUUUAGCGACGAAGUAAAUACAUUUAACGUUAUAAGUCGUAUACAUAUUACACAUAUGAGAAUUAAGGAGAAAAGCGUAUAACUGUUUCGUGUACGUAUAUGUGUGUUACGCGUGCAUGGGUGCGCGUUUGCGUCUAUAUGUAUAUGUAUAUAUAACCAAGUAAUUAUAAAUAAAAAGAAAUUCAUAUGUAUCCGUACAUGUAUACGCGCAUACAUACGCACAUACGCACGCACACGCGCGCACCUUUAUUUUACGUAAAGGUAUGGUUUUCCACUCAUUUGCUGUUUCGAUCAUCUUUUAUCUCGUGUAUUCUCAUGAUAUUCGCAUCAUUGGAAACUAGCUUUAUUUUUAACUUUAGAUGGAAUAGCGUUAAGGAUUAGGAUGUUGGAGACAUAACGCGCAGCUUAGAAUCGAGCUCAUCUUUCAUGGUACGAAUAACGUUUGUAAUAAGAGGAAAUAAUUUACGAUUAGAGGUAAAAUAUGUUUCGAAAUUUACAAAUAACGACUCACGAUCGUGUUGCGUGUUUACAUCAGUGUGUAAACCUAAAGCGGAUACGAAUAUCGUGUAUGGGCGUGGGUGUGUGCGUGCUCAUAUACACGUCUAUACAUACUUAUACGUACGAUACGCAUUAUCGAAGCAUCUCUUGGCGCUCUUUUAAUUAUUGUACUCGACGUUACAUAGAAGUCAAUGUGUCGAACAAGAGAGUUAGUUCUCUUAAAUGUAUUAUCCAUUUGCCAAAAAGAAAGAAGAAACAAAAUUUCAGGUCAUUUAUGUGCUUGAUCUGUAAGGUGAAUACAUGCGUUUUAGCAAUUUUCCAUUCGAGUUUUAUAUACAUACCUCGAAGUUGGCCAUGUAACCGUUCGAGCCCAGUUGCUUUAUAUUACAAGUAUGUAGUAUGUAUACGUUCAAAACGAGCAUCAUCAUCUUUUCGUACCGCCGCGCCGCACCGCGCCGCGCCGCGCCAAUUGUUAACGUACAAUGUUUCAGGAUAUUAGUCGUAUCGGAUUUUAAAUGAAUCCAAGUUGGAGCGGUUCGUUUCCUUUCAACUGUUACCAUUCAUUUGCCGAUUUAAACUUUCGAAACUUUUAUCGUACGAAAAAACUUAAAAUUUCUGAUUGAUUAGUGAUUCUGAUUGGUCUGCGAUGAUUGUAUUCGAAAGAAAAAAAAACCAAGCACUCGUCGAAAUGCCGAAAGGAAGAAAAGAGCAUCAACAAAAUUCAAAUUUCAAUCGAUUCGCCGUUUUACUUGAAAACGUAUCGUGUCCAAAGGAGCACGAUAUAAUCGAAGACAUUCCGAAGUACAUUUUUCCUUCUUCUUUCUUGUUGCAUACACGCAUGCGCACGUAUUCGUCGUGAAAAUACCGAAAUAAAACAACCGAUAUUUGUUUCGGGCUCCCGUUGCACAUUUUCGUCUCAAUCAACGCACCGGAUACUAUUUGUAUUAUUUUUAUUUCGAACAAUAUACAGAUAAAACUUGCGCGAUAUCGAUGGCAUCGAUAUAACGACAGUAAUUAAAAUAUAUUUAACGGAAUCACUCUAAAGAUGACAGGGCUUCGUUAAAUCGUCAUGUAAUGACAUAACGAGUCUUUUUUUCUUGUUUUCCGUUAUUUUGUUGUAUUAUCAUAAACGUGUUUGCGUAUGCAAUAGUUUUGCCGUAUGCGUGUCAUCAAUGGAUCGGAACGAAGAUUGUUACGUUUAAUCGGAAACGAUGCUUAAUAGCCGGUUGUUACACGAAAGAUUUCGGCAGGCAAAGUUAAAUUUUAGAAGGCUCGAGAACUUGAACGUAGCUGAACGAUGCGAUAAACGGAACUUGAAUCUUGAACUUGAAUAUAUGCUCGGAAUUUGCUCUCGUUUUCAUCCAACGUACAUGCGAGCGCGCGCCCGCGCGCGCGCACACGCACACACACACACACACACACACACACAUCUGUACUUAGGCGAGUACAUUGUGCACACAGUUGUUUCGCGAGCGCACGGAUGCACAAUGCACGCGUGCGCUUAUAAACAAAGUAUGUAUCUAAUAGAAUAUCGAUGAAUACUUGAGAGCGAACAAAAAUCGAGAUAUCUAUUUACUAAUUACUAUAGACGUCACUUGUGCAGACAUAAACAUUACAGAGAAUCUUCUGUUACUCAUAUUAUUGCAUAUAUAUACAUAUGUAUAUGUAUAUGUAUAAUAUAUGUAUAUAUGUAUAUGUAUAAUACAUAUAUAUACAUAUACAUGUAUAUGUAUAUGUAUAAUAUAUAUAUAUUAUAUAUAAAUUUUAUUGUAUAAAUUCUAUCGAGAUACGCCUCAGAGACAGACUCCUUGUAUCCUUUUUUCUCGGUCUGUGUAAUUUUUUGUCCGCAGUGAAAUUGUAUAGAUUAUGUAGGUACUUGGCUAUCGUGAGAAUCACGUAUGAUUCAUUUGUCUCGAUAUGCUAAAUGUGAAAGGCGAGUGCAAUUUUUCAAAUAUUAUGCACUAUCGCAUCGACGUGACAGUUUCAUCGUUUGCAUUUUAAUUUAUAGAAUGUACACGCAUCGAGAAAUCCCAGACACCCGAUAUUGUACUCGUUCACGUAUUUCUAUUCAGGACUUGUGACAAUCAAUGCCAAUUUUCAAGUAAUAUUUUUUUUCCUGAAAGGGACUGCGACAACAAGGACAAAAAAUGUAAUAGUAAUAAUAUUAGUAGUAAUAAUUGUAACAACGACAGCGGCAGAUGAUAACAAUAAUAACGAUAGCGAUAAAAAAAAAAUGGAAAGGUCAAACUUCAGCAAGCGAGAGAACGAGAGAUAAAUAGAUAGAUAGAUAGAUAGAUAGAUAGAUAGAUAGAUAGAUAGAUAGAUAGAUAAAAAGGAGAUGUUGAUAAAAAUUUGACAGAAAGUAAAUUGGAUAUGUUGGCUCGAGUGGUAUCGAAACGGUUACGAUCAUGUAUCGCAGAGAAAUUACUUUGAGAAAUACGUUACUUUUUGAUACGCCCUUAUAACGCGCGCGUAUGUAUGUAGGUAUACCGAAUGUAUGUACAUAGUCGCAGCUUACGAUAAAUAUUCACAUGCUCGGAACUCGUUUCUCCUGUUAUAAAAAAAACUGUUUCUAACUCGCAGCCAUGAUAUUAAAAUUAUUUGGAAAAUUUACAAGUUCCUGAAAAUUUGGUAACCACGUGGUGCGAAUGACGAAAAAAUGUCGAGUGUAGCCCGAAAAUGGUGUCGUGGGAUACUCUAGCUCGGAGGCGUAUCUCUUAAUAGUUGGCCUAGUGUAUCGAGUUUCGUAUUUUUGUCCUGGUCGCAGUGGAUCGUCGAGCAAUUUAUCAUCAUCUAUUGUACGACUAUUGGACUUUCUCCAAAAAUUUUAUCGAUAUAAACUUUAUCGCUACCGUUGAAUGUAAUAUACUUGAAAUUAUAACUUGGAUGAUAAAAACUUGGGUAUAAUUAUGAUUACGUUUUACGUUUUACGAUUACGAUUACGAUAACGAUAACGAUAACGAUAACGAUUACGAUUACGAUUACGAUUACGAUAACGAUAACGAUUACGAUUACGAUUACGAUUACGAUUACGAUUACGAUUACGAUUACGAUUACGAUUACGAUUACGGGCAAAGCAUGUAUCUCGAAAAUGGAAAGCGAGCGAUACGAGCGAUAUGGAAUGAAAGGAGAUCAAAGUUGAAAGAAAGGGGGAGCUUGAGUGGAUGGGAUAGAGAAGGAGGCAGGAGAGAGAGAUCGAGAGCACGGCGAAAGCCAAGUUGGAGUUUGAGAGAGAUCGAUCGAUCGAUUCAUGUUUAUUAGAAAACAUUUGUUUAUUAGAGCCUCGUUGCAAAGAGAGAGAAUGAGAAAGAAAGAACAAGUGUGUGCAAGGCCAUUUAGCGAGCCGUAAACGCGAAAAUUUUAGGUGGUUGAUAGAAUUAUUGUAGAAUAUAAGCGGGAAUGUCGCGGUGGGUGUGCGGUGACGUUAUUAUAACGAAACAAUGAUAGGAUAAAGUAACGAUAUACAUAAAUAACAAGUCUUUCCACAUUGUUUUCCUUUCGUUGACGUACACAUGUCACGCAAUCGUGUGCGGUGAACCAGGAAUGAAAAUAAUUUUGUAUCUAAGAAUACAAACGCAAUGCAAACUGCUUAUCGUUUAUGUUUUUUCAUCUAUUGUGUAAUUAUACAUUAGUAACGAAUAUUAUAAUUACGAUAAUUGCUGUACUUAUUGUUAUUGUUCCUGGGUUAUGCGGAAAUGUUCAAAAGUGAUCCAUUUGUACAAUCAUUGAGUCAUUAAAAUAUGAUUAUCCAGUA